AUGGAGAUCGGAAACCGUGUCGAAUUACCAGACGGACAUCUCGUGAACCUUUCACCGCGACCCCAACAUAAACCUCAGUAUAAAGCUUACCGAGUUGACUACUCGGCCACUACGCUGCCGAAUACCACACCACCUCGAAAUAACCAUCAACUCUAUUGUUCCGAACUUGCUGAUUGUAGCAGCCCUCUCGACAAUAUGUGUCCAAAAGCACAAGCAACCAAGCUUCCAGUCCCGAAGUCUCUCGCCGAACGAAGCAGAGAGCAACGGAACCAGACGCCCAGUCCAAUUGGGAUACCUAAGCCGUCUCCCGCUGCCUUCUCUUCGGGAGAAUCGGGUGGCCAGUCUGGCGAGCGGGACCGUGACCGAGAUUGGAGCAAACUAAGCGACAAGAUUGGCAAGGAUUCAUCUCCUUUGAGUCAACGGGUUUCAUAUCACCGAACCGGGGAGAGCGACAUAAAAAGAUCCCUUCAAUCGAAUUUCUACCAGGAUAGCAAACAUAUUGCGGUUCGCGAAGAAGCUACCAGCCGUGUCGUUCAACCCCGAACAGCCAUCCCUACUCCCAUCACCAACGGCAGAAAUCACUAUGCUCAAAUUGAGCGUGACCAGUCGGCUGAGAGCGAAACGCCAUGGCUGAUCCAGGAGGGCCACUGGUCUCCUGUAGAUAGGCACGAUACCAGCCCUCGGAAGUCGGAGAUCGCAUACACCACUACCGAGUCAAGUCCUCAUUCUCGCCCUUCUGUAUCCCCCAUUUCUGAUGACAGCUCUAUCACUGACUGUGAUUGGGAAGACCGCUUUGUCGUCCACAUGCCGUCUGCGAAAGAGCCGAACCCUCCUAUGAUGACUACUCAGCAAAUUGCAGACUACCAAAGAAGCAUCGAGAAGGUGCGUCGAGAGGGCGGACAGAUGUUACACCCUAGCACACGACCUAGUCCACGUAAAGACUCGCCUGACGGCAAGCCGAGCGGGAUGUCUGGCGGUUCCGGUCAUUUUAGAGCAUACGACGGACGUUCGACGCAAUCGCCGCCGCAAGUUGAUCGUCAGUUCGUGUCAGCCCCAGCACCCACGCCAGCCUCAGCCCCUGCAUCCCACCUGCUGGAAUCUCUAGGCCAGAAUAAUUAUUACAGUCCUGAUGAGAUUGGCAAGAAUCGCAUUAGCACAAUAUGGGAGGAGCAAUCUCCAACUAAACCCAAGGGAAAGCGAGCCUCUGCAACCGCAGAUGGCUCAUUCUUAGGGUGCAAAGAGAUCAACGGGCCCGGAACAAAAAAUCCAGACGAGAUUCUUUUGUUCGCGUGUGGUGAAAGCUCGAACACUCUGCAACCUCGUCCACCUGCUUUGAAUGUCAAGAAGAGACAGAAAGAGGAAAAGAAGAAGUCGCCGCCGAAGUCCCAAGAGAGCAGUCAUGCUCCGUCUAAGUCAGGCGGGAGUCGUGUUCAAGAUGGUUGGGCUCCGCUUUCAUGGAACUCGAAGCAGGCCCCAUGCUCGAGGUCGUCAUCGGCGACUCUCUGUCAGGAACCAAUAUGCCCGCAGAGCGAUCUACCUAGGACCAAGUCGCAGGGAUCAAGUAAAGAGAACUUCUACCUCGCGCCUAGCACGUCCAAUUCCUCGGAGAAGGUGGGAGACACCCGAAGCGAAGACGAUGUGUUCAUGGUCACACCGACCAUCACACGAACUGUUAUUACAAGCUUCGCGCUAGAGAAGAAGAAAGAGAAGAAACCGAAGGUAGAGAAGAAAGCUUCCAUUCCCAAGCCACAGGGGCUUCGACGUCCUGGCGGAAUUGGCAAAUCUGGUACCGGCGAAGCCGUCAAAGCUGUUCGCGCCAAAGCCCAAGUCAUCUCUACACCUUCCGGUUUGAGACCCGCAAAGGCAACCUCUCAAGUAAAAUCAAUUGCAUCUUCCCUAACCUCUUCCAAAACGAUCCCCGUCAGCAGUAUUCCUACCGCGAAGGACAGGGCAAAGGAGUCAAUCACAACCAAGGAGGUCUCUGUCAAAAAACCAGAGAUCACGCUUAAGAACUUGCCCAAGCCCAAAGACAAAGAGAAGGACGAUCAUGUGAAACCAGCGGGAGGCUCUAUCCGUGGGUUCAUCCGAACCUCAGGGCUCGCAAGAUCAACCGGGCUGGUGCGGUCACCCACAGAUAGUCUCGCCACGAUACUGCGUCAUGGCACCGAGUCGUUGCGCAACCGUGCGGAAUCACUGCGCAAAGGUAAUGGACCCUCUAUCAGCCGCAACAGCUCUCCUGUUUCUCAGCCCUCUGGUCCAUCUAGGGACAACUCCGAGUCUUCGCGAUCUGAGAGGUCGUUCAAGUCCGCAAGAGAGAAAGCCACUCCGCCGCCUUCCACCAAGUCAUCCCCUGCGAAGAAUGAGAAUCAGUCGCCCGCUCCCAAGCUCGCCUCUAUCGAAAAGCCAACCUUGCCAGAGAAGCCGAUGAAAUCGGAGAAAUCUCUUCCAGCAGAAAAGCCCGUGGAAAACUCACCCUUGUCGGCUGAGAAGAUUGCCCGACUGGAGAGACUAGAGAGAUUCAAGGAGCAGGCCCGCCUUCGUCGGGCUAGGAAGUCCGCGGAAGUUGAGAUCGCGGAGCUGGACGGACAUCAAGUUCCCAAGCGAAAGGAGAGUCUUCAGCCCAACAUCACCGACGUCUGCGAUGACCUUGGCGACCUGGAUUCCCCGGACAGAGACGAUCUCUACAAGGACACAGCCAACACACAGGCUCUAUCUAUGAUGUUUGAAAUUGUCUUUGUCGCUAUCACAAACAUAGACAAAGGCCUCCUGCAGGUGACUGACAGCCCGUACGCAAAAGCCCUUGUGACCAAUGUGCUAAACAUGGUGCGUCAUUGCUAUCGAGUUUUCAGUCUUGUCUAUCGCAUUGUCUUGAAAUACCAAACCACGGGCACCUGGCCCAAAGCCAAGAGUGACCAAUCCAUCAGUAGAUUUCUGAUGGAGCUCCUCCAGGCGGUUGUCUAUCUGUUCAUACUAGGCUUCGGAUUCGUGGUGGCUGGUCGAGUUGCCACGUAUGUUGUGCUCGUUGGAAGCUGGUUUGUUUGGUUCGCCCGUCCAUUUGCAUGGGCUUUCCAAUGUGUCGGUCGUAUCCUCGUCAAUUGA